CGACAACACGGCCUUUGAUGAAGGCUUCCACCCGGGCACCCAACAGUCACCUUCAGUCCCCCGUCAACGUCCAGGAAGAACAUCACUCCCACAACGUCCAUCAACACCCGGCUUCUACUCCUCCUGAGACAGCACCCAAACAGUCCUCAUUCUCAGCGACCUUUCGCUCAGUCUUUCACCGUCUCCCAUCCCGCGCACCCUCCGGAAACUCUCUACAUUCUUCCUACGCUGCCGUAUCUUCGGCGAGGCUCCAACCACAGCCAUCUCAAACACACGAGUACAGACCGCUCCACCCUUACGCAGCAAUGGUUGCUGCGCCUCUACCAGUUGUCUCAAGCCAGGACGCGAUGGAUAACGAAGAUGACUGUCCCGUUUGCUUGGAGCCGUUGAGCUUUAGCUUUAGGCUGCCGGGGGAGAAACCACAUAUCGUGCCAGAAUGCGGGCAUGCACUGCAUGAAGCUUGCUUCACCGCCGUCUAUGGACCACUGCCUGCCAGUCGCGGCGCAGGACAAGUCCUCCGAAAAUCGAACUUGGGGGUGUGCGGAGUUUGCAGGCGACCAAUGAAGGUCGGGGAUGGGGACGGCGGAAAAUCAAACAAGCUCGCCGCGCUUACUGGCAUGGGUGCCGCAAACGACGCAUUGUUCCCGGGACGAGACACGCCUUCAUCCAUCCGCCAGUAUCGCGCAGCACCGCCAGCAAAGCCGUAUGACCCCAAUGAAGAUGAUCCCAUCGAACAUGUCGCAGGAUCAAUAAGGUCUGGUGGCUCCCAAGAUCAAAGCCAAUAUGUUGUAGCGCCUUCAAUCCAGGUCCGGUCAGAAUUUUCGACGCUGACCCGGACGAGCGACGCCAGCCAGCCAUUGACUUGUAUCGUGGUCGUAGAAUUACCUGGAAAACGACCGUCCGCGCAUGUCCCAGGAGCAGUGAUGCCGACUGCUUCCACCUUCUUGCCGCGAAGGGAUCACCACCCUUCAUCUAGUCACGCUACCCCUACCGGUGCCACGAGCCCCACCAGCAUCAUGAGCCCAACUGGAGUAUCGAGCCCUCCGCGACACAUGAGUCCCUCCCUCGAGCAUAAUUUCGGGCGACCGCGCACAAACGCAGAGCAACAUUCACCGUCGGGCUCGCAGUCACACGGUCGUGGGAACCUCCUCUCCUCUGCUCGCGAGGGCUCGCCGUAUCAACUGUCGCCAACAAAUUCUCAUGACGCACUGGUAUCAAGGUCCCCACCGCUGCCUGCGCCACCAAUACAGCAGGACGAGGAGGAGUCGUCGCCUUUCAAUGCUAUCACCGACGAUCUACGGAACCGGAUAAUCGACUGGAAGGGGCAUCCGCUGCAGGGCUUGGGCCCUCUGCAGAUGUACGACCUCCUUGCGGUACGCCGAGACGCUAUUGUGCGCGAGUUCUUCGUCUACCUAUUCCGGGAGGCGAUCAUAUGCGUAGUCGAGGAGAAGAAGCGCAGCCUAGGCAGGCUGCUCUCUUCGGACCCUUCCGGUAGCGGGAUGGGCUCUAGUGCCGGCGGAAACAGGGGUGUUUUGCGACUGAAGGGUCGGAUAUACAUCAAGCACAUCAAGCAGGUCACGGACACUAGUGUCAACGGCGAGCUCAGUUUGACAAUUGACAUGGAGGACGAACGAUUAGAUUCAUUCAUCCUGAUCUUCAAGGAUCGCUCAUCGCUGGAGACGUGGAGGAAUCAUAUCCAGUCUCUGGUUGCACUGUAUCAACAGCAAGGGCCGCACAUGUCCCAGCCUCAGCAGCACUCCGGUCGUGCACCCGACCUGGAGGAGUUUGGCGGCAGCUCGAAGGCGAUGCGAAUGCUUAGCGGAAGCACAGGCACUACGGUUACUACGGUUAGUACCGCCGACAGUGUUUUGCACAGCUCUUCUCGCUCGACAGUGUCCUCUAAUACAUCGCUUGGGUCCACAUCCGUGCGGAUGGACCUGCAGACGCAACACCAGAAGCUGACGACUCUCGACGAGGACGACGAGUUCAGUCGGUACGACUCCCCUGCUCCGCUUGUGGCACCGCACCUGUCCUCUGGCCCGUCCAACUCGCUGCAGCCCCUGCAGCAUCCUGGCGUAGACCUCAUUCUCGUAAUAUCCAUUCCCCCGCCAAACGCGACACCAAGCACAGCGGCGCUGAAGCUACGGGUGAUUCGCACGUCGCUGGACUUUAUUCUGGCAUCUAUGUCAUCACGGGACCGGCUUAGUCUCGUGACUUUCGAGGUUGGCGUCGGGGGGAAGGUGCGCAAGACGCCGUUCUUGUGUGUCGGCAAGACGCAGAGUCGAGCGAGGCUGAAUAAAUUCGUUGGAGAGAUUGGGCGGAGAGAGGAGGGCGCAGAGGAUGAGUUUCUUAUACGCGCAAACCAGGAGGAUAAGACGGAUGUCGUCACAGCGGUCAAUCAUGGACUCGACGUUGUGCUGCAGCGCAAGCAGCGGAACCCGAUGUCUGGCAUGCUCUUGGUCAGUGACACAUCAGAGACCACACGGCGAGCACAGAUGGACCUUGUCCUGGCGCGUGCGGAGGCAGCCAACGUACCGAUACAUUCGUUUGGCUACGGACGCUCUCAUGAUCCAGCAUCGUUAUGGCUGAUGUCAAACCACACGGGCGGGACGUACACUUUUGUGAAGGACUGGUACGACCUGCGGGACUGCCUAGCGGGCUGCAUCGGGGGCAUCAUGUCGAUCGGCCUGUUGAACAUGAAGAUGCACAUCAAGAUUGUCGACGGACAGCGAUUCAAGAUUCGGAAGAUCUCUGGCGGUCCGUCAGCAAUCCUGUCAUCGGACGGACGGGACGUGGAUGUGGAUGUCGGCGAGGUGCGGUACGGCGAGCGCAAGGAGAUGCUGGUCGAGCUCGAGUUGGAUAACAAGGACGCAACGCGUACAGUGAUGAAGCCCUCGAAUGCAGCGCAGCGCGCGCUGAGUGCGACGGAACAGUUCCACCAAAGCAUGGGUUUCGACUCGCUGUCGAUCUCGGACUCGCCAGACCUAGCGGACGGAAUGAUGGACGGCAUGAUCGAUGAAGUGCCGGUACUAGAGGUUGACGGGUCGUUCUUCGACCCCGCAGCAGCGAAGAACGUGUCGCGGCUUGCACAUCCUGUGUUGCUGACUGUGACCCUGCUACCGCCGUCGUCGAGCAAGCCGCGGCCGUCGAACAGCCCGUCGGACCCAGUGAUCGUGCGGCGGCGAAUGGAGCUGCUGGCUUCGGACAUGAUCACACGCGCACUGGUGCUGGUGUCGCGGAAAAACUACGCACAGGCACAGAAGCUGCUUGGGGAAACAAGGCGGAUCUUGCACACCGUGCUACAGAGCAUGAUGCAGACGCUUACGCCGGCGGCGAGUGCAGGCCAAAGCACGGGUCGGAACCGGAAGGAGCUGCUGACGAUAGCAGCUGUACGAGCAAUGCAGUCGAUUCUUCAGGACAUGCAGAUCCUGUCGGAAGCGUUGGAGGAUAACGUGGAUUUAUUCGCUCACGACCAGCGCAACUUUGGCGCUCAGCAGGCAAUGGUGUUGCGCGACCAGAAGAGCUGGAGUGGGCGGAGCGCGAUCGAGCGGCUGUUCUGGACAAUCGACAACUCCAUCGAACUCGUUUCGCGCAGCCAAGACUGGGUCGCGCGUGAAUAGACGAGCAUAAUCUAUCUCAAGGUUUCUUCGGCUACCUUCCUUGUUAUCGGCUCUCAUCUGGCUGUCUCAUCUUCUGUUUAUGGUCUCUCGACGCACUUGCUACCAUCACAUUUCCGACGUUCGUUCCUGCGACACCUCGUCGUCUGUCUCAACGUCAGUAUAUAUUGUACCAGCAGCACUCGGCAUCCACCUGGGUUGGCACAUAGUGGAUUAAAGGACUCCGUUCACGUCGUUGUCAAUACCCUUACACUGCACCGAGUUAAUAGUGAUCAUUUUCAUUUUUAUCUCCCACUCGUUGUUCUUUUUUGCCGUUAUUGCUUUGUUCAUCUUGCUGUACCCUUGUAACGUUAACUAAGUACUCCUCAGAACUAGAGGUUCGGUAUAUAUGAUUACUAUGCA